AUGGGCGAAGGCAUAGACAUGCCGAACGGUACUGCUGCGGCUGCAGCUAGGGAUGUGGACAAUAUCGCCCAAAUGCUCGCGACUGCGUCUCUCGAUGACUUGCAGAGUAGAGAGUAUCGUCAGAUUCUCGAUGUCGUGGACCGCCUACGCACAUGUGGCCUUGGCUCGAUUCUGCCGCUCCCACAGUUGGUCGUCUGCGGCAACCAGUCCUCCGGCAAGUCAUCUGUCCUGGAAGCGAUUACGGAAGUCCCAUUCCCACGCAAAGAGAACCUCUGCACACGCUUCGCUACCGAGAUCAUUCUUCGUCGGGACCAGAUAGAAAGCAUCCAUACCAAGAUCAUCCCAGAUGACGCUCGCCCGGAGUCCGAGAAGUCAAAGUUGAAGGCAUUCAGCGAGAGCAUUACCGACUUCAAGGAGCUACCACUGUUGAUCGAGAAGGCCACCGAACUGAUGGGUCUCAAUGAUCCCGCUGGAGGCGAGAACAGCACUCGCGCCUUCACCCGAGACGUUCUCAGCGUCGAAAUUGCUGGUCCAGGUCGUCCUCAGCUCACUCUUGUCGAUCUCCCUGGCUUGAUCAUGUCCGCAAGCAAGAUGCAAUCUGAAGCGGAUGUCAAGCUCAUUCACUCUCUCGUCGGAGACUAUUUGGCGGAAAAGCGCACGAUCAUGCUAGCCGACAUCUCCGCCAAGGAUGACUACGCCAAUCAGGGCAUUCUCACCAAGUGCAAGGAAGUUGACAAGGAUGGACACCGAACUUUGGGUAUCAUUACCAAGCCGGACUUCCUUAUCGAGGGGUCUGGUAACCAGACAACGUGGAUCAAUUUGGCACACAACAAAGACAUCUACUUCGAGAUCGGCUGGCAUAUGUUGAAGAACCGGUAAGCACAGUAAGACUUCCAUAAUGUCAGACAGUACUAACUUGGUGAAGAUCCGAUCAAGAGAUUGACACACCCUUCGAAGAGCGCAACCAGUCGGAGCGAAACUUCUUCAGCCGUGGCCGGUAUCGUGACCUGCCAGAAACCGACAAGGGCGUUAUAUCUCUGCGCACCAAGCUCUCCAAGCUCCUCUUCAAGCAUCUGAAGAAAGAGCUCCCAAACUUGCAGGCGGAGCUCAACUCGAAGCAUGCGAGGACAGCUGAGGCCCUGGAGCAGCUGGGAGAGAAGCGUAGUACUCUUGCUGAGCAGCGACGCUUUCUCAUGAAUAUCGCCGCCGCAUUCCAGUCCACUGUGAACUCUGCGGCGGCAGGUCACUACGAGAGCCAUUUCUUCGGUCCUAUCGACCCAUCCAAGGGCUUCGAAGAGAUGACCAACAUGAAGCGUCUCCGUGCGGCAGUACAGUAUCACAACCUGCAAUUCGCGAGCCAGAUGCGCCAGUACGGCCACAAGUUUCGCAUCUGGGCGACAGAGGAUGCUGCGGGUACCAAUUCGAAGAAGGACCUCCCGGAGCCCGAGCUCAUCGAGGAGUACCAGGGCGCCAAAGACCUCCAGAAGACUGUGAGCCGCAAAGAUGCCGUUACAUGGGUCAAGGACAUCCUCGUGCGGACCAAGGGCCGGGAGCUUUCAGGAAACUUCAACCCUCUGCUCAUGAGCCAGCUCUUCUGGGAGCAGUCUGAGAAUUGGGAGAAUCUCGCUUCGGUGCACAUCGACCGUAUCGACGCUCUCUGCUGCAGAUUCAUCGAGGAGGCUAUCAAAGCCGUGACUCUCGCGUUCCCAGAUGUCGCGACCCGCCUGCUCGCUCUUCGAUUGGAAGACGCGCUCAAGACUCGCCUCAGCAACGCCCGUCAGGAGCUCCAGCGUCUCAUUCAAGACAAGCAGCGCCCACCAAUCACUUACAAUCCCUCGUAUACCGCUGCUAUCCAGGAGUCCCGUAGUCAGAAGGCCAAAGCCAAGAUCAUGCAGCUCAUGGAUCAGGCGAAGGUCGACAACGGCGACGGCGACUCCGUCAUCAAUCCCGAGCUCCUCUACAACCAACUCAAGGAGUUGACGGAGCCGGACAUGGACAAGAACUCCUCCGAAGACGCCCUCGACAGUCAGCUCGCGUACUACAAGGUAUCUAUGCUCCUUCAACCACCCCCUCGACGAUGAUACAAGUCACUAACACAUCCCUCCGUCUCCGUACUACAGGACAAGGUCACGUACUUCAUCGCCGCAGUCACCGACCAAGUCAUCGAGCGCAACCUGCUCCACGGGCUCGCCGAGGAGACGCUCUCCCCGCUCAUCAUCAACGACCUGCCCGCGGAGGCAAUCGAAUACAUCGCCGCCGAGGCCGAAGAGAUCACGCACAAGCGCCAGUUCUUGGAGGGCCACAAGGCCAUUUUGGAGAGCGGCCAGGAUGCCGAGCAUUCCGCAAGGCGCUGGGCUCGUACAAAGUGA